ACAUCACUCGCCACCAUACUAUCGGCGUUGUUAUCACUCGCAAAAGAGCGCCGAUAGACAUAUACUGCAGUGUAUUAUACGUAAUAUAUAUAUAUAUAUAUUCCAAUGUCGGGCCCUGCAAAUACGUUACUAAUGAAAGUGUAAAUUUCUCCUAAGUAUCUCGGAAAACAGAAGUUAGGACACCGUUUUCUUUGGUGCUGACCUUGGCCCCACAGAGGGGAAGCCCACAGGAGGACCCCCAGACCCACACGUGACCACUGUGGGCCUGCAACCCAUAUCAUUCUAAAAUGAAAGUACUUAUAACGACCAUCGAAUCGAAAGUGCGAAUAGAAUCACUCCACCCAGGAAAUUCUCACAGACUGUCGGACCCUAGACAAUACAUUCACAAUUCGGAGAUCUAAAAUGCUAUUCAUGCCCGUGCCACCUUGCUGGUGACUAAACCUCUAUCAAUCAGUCACAUUGACGCGCAGAUAGAGGAUCUUCGCUCUACAGUAAGGCUUCAGCUCUGGGGGCCAGACACUACUCAGGCCUGCCGAUCAUUUUGAAGGUUGAGCCCAAGUGGCAAGAGGCGUCGGAAAGCGCUUUUAGUGUGCAACAUAUCCGGUUACGAGGCAAGUGGAUUCUGCUAAGUCCCAACAUUGGAAGCUUUAGUGUCAAAGAGUGUAGCCUGCUAAGCUUGUGAUCUAGUGUUUGGAACUGUCACCAGGGCUACGUAAAUAGACGCUCAAUAUCGCGCAUGAAGGCCACAUGUCCUUGAUAUGAAAGCUAAUAAACUGUAGAAGUUAAAGCAGUAUUAUUGAGUGGUGUGGGUAGUGUGUGUGUGGCGGCGGGGCAGGACAGGAGGAAGCCAGGCAGGAUGCCCCUGACGGAGGUGCGGGAGGCACCUAGCGUUUGUAAACCCAAGCAGGAUGAUGAACGUCAUUGCCGCUGCUACAAGGGUCAUGGCGCCGGCAAACACAUGGUCGACGACGUGGAGGCGCCCUCCCUUCAGAAGUCUACAUAUUACAGCCGCGUCUCCAGCGAGUACACGCAGAACCGGAUUGUUAAGGGUGGUUUGAAGUUGGCCAAGAAGGGCUUCCGUACCCUCAGGGACGAGUGCUUCAAGGCCAAGAAGAUCUACGAGGACCCGGAGUUCCCGCCCAAUGACUACUCCAUCAGCUUCAACGGUGUCACCCGCAGGUCCUACGUCUGGAAGAGACCCCGCGACAUCGUAGACAACCCACGGUUCUUCAUAGAUGGUGCUACACGGUUCGACAUCCAACAGGGUGAACUGGGUGACUGUUGGUUGCUGGCAGCCGUGUCCAACCUCACUCUCAACCCUCAGCUGUUUCAUGUGGUGGUGCCUUGCGACCAAGGCUUUACCGACCUCUAUGCCGGCAUCUUCCAUUUUAAAUUCUGGCAGUAUGGAAAAUGGCAGGAGGUGGUGGUGGAUGACAUGCUGCCCACGUACAAUGGACAGCUUGUCUUCAUGCACUCGAAAACCAAAAAUGAAUUCUGGUGUGCUCUUCUGGAGAAAGCAUACGCCAAGAUGUAUGGAGGAUACGAAGCCCUCCGAGGAGGCAACAUUAAUGAGAGUAUGGUCGACCUGACAGGAGGAGUCGUAGAGAUGGUUGAUCUCCAUAACCCCCCACCCCAAGCUGUUCUCCCUCUUGUGGAGGCUUACCGUAGAGGCGCUCUCAACACAUUUGCCAGCAACCCGCAGUACACCGUCCAGCUGGAGGACCCAGACGUGGACGACGACGACGACCUCUGUACUAUGGUCGUCUCCCUCAUGCAGAAGAAUGUCAGACAACUUAAACGUUAUGGGGUUGACUACGUCCCAAUUGGCUUUACGAUAUACAAGCUGCCACCAGAUGUUCAGCCUGGGAAGAAGCUGGACACAGAGUUCUUCAAGUAUAAUCCCAGCAUAGCUAAAGUUCCCUUCUUCCUCAAUACUCGUGAAAUUACCACAAGAUUCCGUUUCCCUCCUGGCUUUUAUGUCAUCAUACCGUCAACCUUUGAACCAGAGAUGACUGGAGAGUUCCUACUCAGAGUCUUUACUGAGGCUAAGAGAAAAUGAGUCUUCACGAGUACAUGAUAAUCAGGCAAAUAUGUGAAUUUUAGCUUAGAUAUUUAUUUUGAACAAUGUGUCAAAAACAGAGUAAUGAAAAUGAUAAAUGGUAAUAUGGAGUAAUAAUUAUCAAGGCGCUGAGGCAAUAAAUAUGGAUCAUUGUGGCACUUUAACAGAAGGCGAUCUAAAAUACAUUGUUUAUAGUAAUGAAGAGUCUUACACCUACAAGUACCUGCUGAUCAUUGUGUAUACCGACUCUGGUGAGUAUAGGAGGCCCAAGAGGUUUAAUUCAUCACCCAAGUACAAAAAUAAUUACAAACGGGUAGGAUGAAACGUUAUGGCACAUUUACUUACACUUGAUGCACCUGUUUACCUACCAGUAAAUAGAUUAGUGGUUGGUUUAGGCCCUAGACCUAUGUGAGCCUAAUAGGCUUAGUUUGGUGUUGGGCUCAAGACCUCUGCACCUCUGAGGUCUGGAUAGCUAUUGCAGCCAAUAGCUUACUGACCAACCAGCAGGUACAUUCUGGUCAUGUCCAGGACUAAAGUGCCCUCAGUGUACAUGCACUGAGAAAUGGAGUACACCUAUGCAUAUACAGUAUAUCAUUUCUGUGGUAACAAUACUGUCCCAGUCCAUGCGAAGCUUAUAAACUGUAGCCAGGUCCUCUAGCUCUGGUGGCCAGACAUCAGAACUAGAAGUUUUGAUGACAGUUUUCUAUAGUUUGAACUGCAUCGUGGUUUGACAGAGUUUCAAAGUUAUUUCUUCACAUAUCGUCUGUUCUCAAAGUUCUGUGAACUUACUGUGCCUUAUUAAAACGUGACAGUUCUGCAGUUCUCAGACUACCUUGAUAAUUUGAUAAUUUAAAUAUGAUUUUUGUCACUGAACUUUUUGCAGUGAGAAAGCCUAGUCUCUCUAUAGGUUUGAUUUCAAUGCUCGAAUUUGUUGUGAAUGUGGGGCGCAUAAGAUAUUUUUGAAGGUGGAAUGACCACUGUAGUGUCCUCAUAUUUGAUUGUUUCUAGUCAGGUUGCCUUUUUUUAAGGCUGUUUCAACUUCCAUGUUCUCCUUUCAGCAAUUUGUGAACUAUCAUACCAAAGGUUUAUCUUUUUAUAUUAGUAGCAAGCCAAAAUGUAUAGAACAUGACAAUCCCUGUCGUGCAGUGAGAGGAUGUUUGGUCACACACCUCGCAAGCGAUAUUGUCCCAGGGCAUCGUUCCUUCACUUUUAGAUUCAGCUAAUUGGAAACAAUAAGUUCCAAGUAGCACGGGCUAUGGUGAGCCCGUUGCACUCGCCUGGCACAAGGGAUGUGGCCGUCACUACUACUUCGUUUCUGUACUUAUAUCACUGCUAAGUGAUAUACUGGCUUUGAGCUCUCUUAAUGAUUACUUUUCCUGGAGCCAUGUACAAUGAGGGACGGUUGGGCACUAAACCUUAAGUGGUCAGUCCUGUUCAUUAGGUAGAAACUUGGAACUUGGUUGUAAACCAUCAUAUUGCACAGAAAACUAAUUGGGCAAUGUCCCACAACUGUUGUGUUCCACAAACAUUCUUACGCUGUUCUACAUUGUACAAUAUUUGCUAGUCUUUGAAUCCUUUGGCUAUUAUAAUAUUUACCAAGACAAUCUCCAAAUGACGUGAUUUACAAGUACUGUAGAAUAUUUACAUUUUUGCUUUGUUUUCAUCCUCUAGAGUGAAAGUACAAAAGAGCACAAACAUUGAAGAAAUAAUAUACCGAGGUCUAGUUAUGCAAUAAUUUCGCUACAGAAUUAUUUUGUCCAAAUCUUGUACAGCAUUUACAUAAGUUUGCCUCUUAUUAUUUUGUCCAAAUCUUGUACAGCAUUUACAUAAGUUUGCCUCUUUUUUUAUAUAAUAUUCCUAUGUAACCUAGAAACUUUUUAUCGUGUGUAUUUUUUUGCUUUGUUCCAAAUCCAAAAGUCUUCCACAUAGUUGCUUUCAAGUGCCGGACAGACAGACAUGACUGACCUUUUCUUAAAAAAAAAAAAAAAGCCAGUGUGUUAUUAUUUCAAUAGUGUGUUAUGUUUCAAUUGAGUUUUAUUGUAAUUUUAAGAAAUGAUUAUAGUAUCUAAUAUGCAAUAAUACAGUUUACAUAAUAUAUUAUUAUGUAACAGAUAAUGUAUAUUUUGAUUAUUGUAAAUAAAAAUAUUUAUAAAAAUAUACAAAAAGACAAAUA